AAAAGGUACGAGAUUCAAUCAUCUCCAAUCCCAAAACUCCACUUCUGUCCACAAAACCAAAGCAAUUCUCGAUCUUUGAUCGUCGUCCCACCAGAUGGCCGGGAACGAUUGGGUAAACAGUUACUUGGAGGCGAUUCUGGACGUUGGUCAGGGACUUGACGAUGCUCGCUCUUCGCCAUCGCUUCUUCUCAGGGAGAGAGGUCGAUUCACUCCAAGCCGUUACUUUGUUGAGGAAGUCAUCACUGGUUACGAUGAGACUGAUCUUCAUAGAUCCUGGGUUAAGGCUGUUGCUACGAGGAGUCCACAGGAGAGGAACACGAGAUUAGAGAAUAUGUGUUGGAGGAUCUGGAAUCUUGCUCGUCAAAAGAAGCAGCAUGAGGAAAAAGAAGCACAGAGGCUGGCUAAGCGCCGGCUUGAACGUGAGAAAGGUCGCAGAGAGGCAACAGCUGAUAUGUCUGAGGAGUUUUCAGAGGGAGAGAAAGGAGAUAUCAUCAGUGAUCUCUCAACUCAUGGUGAAAGCACCAAACCAAGGUUGCCCAGAAUUAAUUCUGCUGACUCCAUGGAGUUAUGGGCUAGCCAACAGAAGGGAAAUAAGCUCUAUCUUGUUUUGAUUAGUCUUCAUGGACUCAUACGUGGAGAAAACAUGGAGCUCGGUCGCGAUUCUGAUACCGGUGGCCAGGUUAAGUAUGUUGUGGAACUUGCACGUGCAUUGGGUUCAAUGCCAGGAGUUUAUAGGGUUGACUUGCUUACUAGACAAGUGUCUUCCCCAGAUGUUGACUAUAGUUAUGGCGAACCGACGGAAAUGCUGACUCCUAGAGAUUCUGAAGAUUUCUCGGAUGAGAUGGGGGAGAGUAGCGGUGCUUAUAUUGUGAGGAUACCAUUUGGUCCAAAGGACAAGUAUAUUCCAAAAGAACUUUUAUGGCCUCACAUUGCUGAAUUCGUUGAUGGUGCUAUGAACCACAUCAUGCAAAUGUCAAAUGUUCUUGGUGAGCAAGUUGGUGUUGGGAAGCCUAUUUGGCCUGCUGCCAUCCAUGGACACUAUGCUGAUGCUGGUGAUGCCACUGCUUUACUGUCUGGUGCACUAAAUGUGCCUAUGCUCCUAACUGGCCACUCACUUGGUCGAGAUAAAUUAGAGCAGCUUUUGAGACAAGGCCGCCUUUCAAAAGAAGAAAUAAAUUCAACUUACAAGAUUAUGCGUCGAAUAGAGGGUGAGGAAUUAUCUCUUGAUGUUUCUGAAAUGGUAAUAACUAGCACUCGACAGGAGAUCGAUGAGCAAUGGAGAUUGUAUGAUGGUUUUGACCCCAUAUUGGAGCGCAAAUUGCGAGCCAGAAUCAAGCGGAAUGUGAGCUGCUAUGGGCGGUUCAUGCCUCGCAUGGUUAAAAUUCCACCUGGGAUGGAGUUCAAUCAUAUUGUCCCACAUGGUGGUGAUAUGGAAGACACAGAUGGGAACGAGGAACAUCCAACUUCUCCAGAUCCACCAAUAUGGGCUGAGAUAAUGCGUUUCUUUUCGAAUUCCCGAAAGCCUAUGAUACUUGCCCUUGCGAGGCCGGACCCAAAAAAGAACAUCACGACGUUGGUGAAGGCAUUUGGAGAAUGUCGUCCACUGAGAGAGCUUGCUAACCUGGCACUUAUUAUGGGUAACCGAGAUGGAAUUGAUGAAAUGUCGAGCACGAGUUCUUCUGUCCUCCUAUCUGUUCUAAAGCUAAUUGACAAGUAUGAUCUCUACGGUCAAGUUGCGUACCCUAAACAUCACAAACAGUCAGAUGUUCCAGACAUAUAUCGCCUAGCUGCAAAGUCAAAGGGUGUUUUCAUCAAUCCAGCUAUCAUUGAACCAUUUGGACUUACAUUAAUUGAGGCUGCAGCUCAUGGUUUACCUAUGGUUGCUACAAAAAAUGGUGGUCCUGUAGAUAUACACCGGGUCCUGGACAAUGGCCUUCUUGUGGAUCCUCAUGAUCAGCAAUCUAUUUCUGAAGCUCUUCUUAAGCUUGUUGCUGAUAAGCACCUAUGGGCAAAGUGUCGGCAAAACGGGUUGAAGAACAUUCACCAAUUCUCUUGGCCAGAGCACUGCAAAACUUAUCUAUCUCGCAUAACCAGCUUCAAACCAAGACAUCCGCAGUGGCAAAGUGAUGAUGGCGGUGAUAAUUCAGAACCCGAGUCACCUAGUGAUUCUUUGAGAGAUAUACAGGAUAUAUCCUUGAACUUAAAGUUUUCAUUUGACGGAAGUGGGAACGAUAGUUACAUGAACCAAGGAGGGAGCUCCAUGGACAGGAAGAGCAAAAUCGAAGCUGCUGUUCAAAAUUGGUCUAAAGGCAAAGAUAGCCGCAAAAUGGGUUCCCUGGAGAAGUCAGAGGUUAACUCAGGAAAAUUCCCGGCGGUGCGGAGAAGGAAGUUUAUUGUUGUUAUUGCUCUUGAUUUUGAUGGGGAACAAGACAUGCUAGAGGCUACAAAAAGAAUUCUAGAUGCGGUUGAAAAGGAAAGAGCAGAAGGAUCUGUUGGGUUCAUACUGUCGACAUCUCUAACGAUCUCUGAGGUACAAUCUUUCUUGGUGUCAGGGGGCUUAAACCCGAAUGAUUUCGACGCUUUCAUAUGCAACAGCGGAAGUGAUCUCCACUACACAUCCCUCAACAACGAAGACGAUCCUUUUGUUGUUGACUUUUACUACCACUCCCACAUAGAAUAUCGGUGGGGCGGUGAAGGGCUGAGGAAGACUUUGAUCCGUUGGGCAUCUUCACUUAACGAGAAAAAGGCUGACAAUGACGAGCAGAUAGUCACCCUUGCUGAACAUCUUUCAACUGACUACUGCUACACAUUUACAGUCAAAAAGCCUGCAGCGGUACCUCCAGUAAGAGAGCUCCGGAAGCUGCUGAGAAUCCAGGCUUUGCGUUGUCAUGUCGUUUAUAGUCAGAAUGGCACCCGAAUAAAUGUCAUACCGGUGCUGGCUUCUCGUAUACAAGCCCUGAGGUAUUUGUUCGUUCGGUGGGGAAUUGACAUGGCGAAAAUGGCAGUAUUUGUGGGCGAAUCAGGUGACACUGAUUACGAAGGAUUGCUUGGAGGGCUUCACAAGAGUGUUGUUCUAGAGGGAGUGUCUUGCAGCGCAAGCAACGCCUUGCACGCUAACCGGAGCUAUCCUCUCACCGACGUGAUAUCCUUGGAGAGCAGCAACGUGGUUCACGCACCGCCAGAUUCGGAUGUUCGUGAUGCCCUGAAGAAACUAGAGCUUCUCAAGGACUGAAACCUAAAAUAAGACCCCCAGUCAUCA